ACGAGCUUCCUGAGAAACACACUGUGUACGAUCUGAUCUUCCGCCGUUACAAUUCUUUUUUAUCACUAAAUCACCUGUUCUAAUUGUUGUUGUUGUUUUUUUUUCUUUUCAUUUCGGUUUGUGAAUUCAACGUUUUCGUGAUAAUUGACAAUGGAGCUCGAAUCAAUGGUGAUUUGUGAUUUCCACAUUUAAUACUCUUACAAUUGUGCGCACUCGUGCUACCACGGGUAACCAAAGUUUCGAACGAUACUCUCGUGAAUCCGUGAUAUUUUACCACGCGAUUUUGCGUGCCAAUCCUUUUUACUCGGUCGACGUUCGCUGGGAAACACUACAUGGCUCUCGAGUCGUUAAGGAUUUCGCGAGUGGCUUAUAAGUGAUGAAUUUAUUAAUCGAUUUGAGAACGUUCGAAUUUGAUGAAUUCUCACUUGAAAUUGCUUGAAGGAUAAUGGUAACGAGUUUGGACGACAUUCCUCGUAAUGUGAGUGGAUUAUAAGUAUACCUCGUCGAUAAAGUGCUCGACGAGUAUUGUUUUUGUACCGUUGUUUGGUUUUUGACGUUUUUUUUACAUUUAUUUUAACGAUUGUGAAAAAAUAGUGCUCGUAGUUGUGCAGUGGAUGUAAUUCUUGGUGUCUGCGUCUUCAUACUUGUAUAUCACUGCUCAAAACAGAAGGCAUGGAAACAUCCAGCGGAAAUAAAAGAGGAUUAUUCUCCGCGAACUUUGUACGUGAUGAAUCUUUUUAAUGAGGAUUACUUCGUACGAGAGACCGCAAAUUAUUCGUAGUUGCCGUUGAUGCUAAAACACCAGCUGCGAUAAAUUUCGAUGGAUGUCAACUGACUUAGUGAAUUCUUAAAUGAUUUGAACCGCAAUGGAUGGAGAGCGUACUCUGGAGUUUCUAUGGAUCCGGGCAUCGUGGAAUCAAUUCAGCCGGUGACGUGUUGUGGGUUGUGGUGGCGCUUCCCCAUACGUAGAAGUAACAGGAUGAACUAUGCUCGCGUAUGACGAAAGGUGGUUGCGGUUGGAAAAGAGGCGAGACGGUGAUAACUGUGGCGAAUAGUGGUUGGAUCCACCAGCGUCGUAGAAAAAUCCGCAAAUAGGAUAAUUUUAUGUAGCUGAGUGAAGUGGAAGAGUGUAUAUACAUUCGACUAUAAAAGUUGUGAAUAGUAUCGCCAACAUACGAAACGGCUCUAAGCUACGAUUUACGGGAACGUAUAAAGAGUAUGUACGUAUGUACGAGUGUAGAUACGGAAAAUUUUGAACUAUGUGAAAGUGUCCAAGGGUUAAACACGAUAAGGAGAAAAUGGCUAAAUAAACUCAAACAAGAAGUAAUUUAUAAUUUUCGUGAUAAUACGUUUUUAGUACAAUGAUUAAUUUGAUAAAACCGUUGGAUCAUUCGGAUGUUAAGACAACUGAGUCGUGAUGUUGAGUUCGAGGGGUUGGGCCUGGUGGUGGAGAGGAGCGCUGUUGAGCACUUUGGUCGGUUGGGUGACUCUCGUAACGUUUGUCGGUGCAUGUCCGGAUCGUUGCUCGUGUAAGUGGAAGGCUGGUAAAGAGUGGGUCGAGUGCGCGAACCGCAGCCUUAUCGGGCUCCCCCAGGGUGCUCGUGAAGAGACGCAAGUUCUCGAUCUGUCCAACAAUCACUUGGUACGUUUGCCUUCUCAGUGUUUUCAUGCUCUUGGACUGACGAAUUUGCAAAGGCUUUAUCUGAGCAAGUCUCAUAUAAGUGAGGUGGCCCCGCGAGCUCUUGAUGGUCUCUCAGGCCUCGUCGAGCUCGACCUCGCCGGUAAUCUAAUCAAGGACGUGCCAUCGGACACAUUUGAGUCAUGUGCCGGUCUCAUGAGGCUUAUUCUCAAUGGCAAUCCCAUACGUGAAAUUCGUCGAGAUGCUUUCCAGCCUCUGGAUCAGUUAACGAAUCUUGAAUUGAGUCAGUGCAAGUUGGUUAAUAUAGAACAAGGAGCCUUCAAUGGUCUCCGUUCGCUCGAGUGGUUGAGGCUCGAUGGUAACAUGCUAGCCCACGUACCUGACAUGACUCUGCCACUCGGUGGUAAUCUUCACGGCCUUACGUUGCACAACAACCCGUGGUCAUGCAGCUGUCUAUUGCGACCGUUACAGUCGUGGCUCACCGAAUCAGCACCAGCUGCACCUCAGGAGUCUGAUCCUGUUUGUAAAGCACCUUCGAGGCUUCAGGGUCGUACCAUUAAAAGCGUCAAGCUCAACGAUCUCGCGUGCUUACCUGAAAUAACCCUCAAGGACCGUAUAGACAUGGACGAAGGCGGAAACGUGACUUUGAGAUGUGACGUUUAUGCCGUACCUAUGGCCAAGGUUACAUGGUGGUUCAACGGAGAAUUGUGCAAGCCACAAAACGAGAAUGACUCGUUUGCCGCAUCAACAGUGCCCUACGCGAGAUACAUACUCAAAGAACGUGAACAAAAAAAUAUCACGAGCGUUCUGUACGUCUAUUCUAUUGAGAAGAGCGACGAAGGAACGUAUACAUGCGUGGCGGAAAAUACAGCUGGUUCAGUAGAGGCUAAUCUAUCACUGCGCGUGCGUUUUCAAGAAAAAAGUACACCAGAGCCGCCAUUUGAUCAUCCAGGGACUGGCUACGUUGCAGCAGUUGCCGCUGGUGCACUGGUAGGCACUUUGCUGGCAUUGGGGUGCGUUAUUGGUAGUGUUUUGUUUUGUACCAAACGACGAAGGGAUCAGAAGAGAAAUGCGAAAUCGUUGGUUUCCCAAAGUAAAGUAGUGACCCCAGUAUCGAAGGACACUUGCGCAACAUUGCCGAGAAAAAGCGUCAAUAACGGUGACAAUGGGGUGGGUAUCGGGGUUGGCGGCAUGGUCGGUAUCGGUGGUAGUGUUGUAGGUGGCGGUGGAAGUUUGAGUUUCGAUCAUCAGCAGCAGGUGAUGUACAAUGAACGUGAUAUAAUAGGAAGAACGGCGUCACUCGAACGUCGCGUGACGAUGGAACGCUCGUAUCCUGUACCGAAGUAUCUCACGGAGCCAGAUCUAAUAAACGAGGUUACGGAGAGUGGGGUUAACGUUGCGACGGGUUCCAGCGAUUCUUAUGGUCUGUAUCAUCAGCAUCAGUUAGGAGUCCCGUUGGGAGGUGUUGGUAUAGGGGAACAGCAGCCACGGCAACAUCAGCAUCAUCAUCAGCAACAGCAGCAGCAGCAGCAGCAACAGUCACCGCAAAUCCUUAAUUACGAAACUAGCAGGAAUCAAAUCCAAUACGAUUCCCGUCCGACGCUAUCACAGUUAAGCUAUCUGGAUAAAGAUGGUUAUCCACUGAACUUUGGUCUGCCCAAAAUACCGUUUAACAGUUCAAGCACACUGCCCCGUUUGAGACAACGGAUUCCCGAAGGAUCCGCGGCAGCGCCACCAGCUCGUUAUACUCGCGAGGCUGAGUUUCUGGCUCGUACAAACGCUUACGAGCCCGUAUUACCACGCAACGAUACCAGAUACACCGCAGAGGGCUAUCCUUAUCCGGUUCAUCAACCUGUUGUCAAGCCACUACCUACGGUACAAUCAAUUCAACUGCCGGUCUCACCGGUGUCACCAACCGCAAUGCCUGACGUACCCUUCAUUCCAUCACCACCGGCCGCUUACCGAGGUGAGCCAACACCGCUGUCACCGAGAUCCUUGAUGAGCAAGACAGCUCGUGAAGCUGCGGCGGCAGUGGCAGCAAGAGCGGAGGGUGCUCGACCUCCUGAUCAUCCCGAGAGUCCUGAUGAAGGCUACGUUGGUGAUGCUAUGGAUGUUUGAGACCAAAAAGAAUGUCUAAAAACCCGCUGACGAUCCCUUGUAUCUCUUAUGUUAUGGUCACAUUUUUGGACCUUAUGGAUUGUUUUUAUAGAUAUUCCUUCCUCAAUAAGAUAUUUUUGGCCGAGCUACGAAAUUCGGCUAUUUACAUUACCCAGUGCGAUGUGAUGCGGAAUUAAUAUCUUGGCUUUAGUGGCUGCGUAAAAUUGUCGAAAUCUUCGCUUUUUACGAGAAGAUUACGAACAAUGAUGGCACAGAAGAUAUUACUAUAUCACAUUGUGAGCGUUCGGGUUUACCGUGUUCGUUUCGCUCUCAUCGAGUUUCAUCAUGUACAUGAGAUAGCCUUUCCUAUCCUUUCCCUCUGAGCACUGCGAUUAUCAGUCAAUCGUAAGACAUGUGCUAUGAGAGUCUACCAAAUAAUGAGUACGUGCUAUUUUGUUCUCGUUCGAGAAUCAAGCGUAGCGGAAAGGGAUGUUAGAUUACCGAAGAGAAAGGAAAAGUGAUUGAGCUUCUUCACCACACGAAGCCAUACUGUUAAUUACAUUGCACUAUUGAAUAACGGUAACAAUAGCGUGUUAUGAGUUGAGGCUAAAGAAAAACACAACAAAUGUUAACGCUGGUGAGUUAUGUUUGACCAUCCACCCUGAGGGGACGACGAAAAAGAAAUACAAAAUACUUUGUAGUUACAUUCUUGGAAAAGGCUGAGCACACAGUAGAGACAACAACAUAUGGGUAAUGUCGACUCGUUGACGCUGAGGCUCUCCGCUCACGUUACAUAAAGAACCAAAGUUUCAACUCGUGUUAACUUAGUCGAUUUCCGACGAAUAGUGAAUACAUAGAAAUGCCGAUAUAGAUGAAGAGAUAAAACAGUCACUCAUCAUCGAUCCAGGAUGGGUGUUUUGUUCGGAACAUAGCACGGUUAACAUCUGUAACUACGCGUUUACGAUAGGAUGAACUAUAAGCUACUCCAGUACUGGGCGCACCGAUGAAAGGAAAGGAUAGUGGAGGAGAGCGAGAGAGAGAGAGAGAGAGAGAGAGACCGACAGACUGAAGAGAGAAACAGGCAACAGGGACAUAGAAGAGAACGAGGUGGGGAGGAGAAUCGGCAACGUGUAACAAGUUUACCCGACAGGCAGUACAGAACGACUCUGCUCGAAGGACGACGGCCCCUUUCGGAUGCUCGAUUGACCUUUGGCCGAUGACGAAGAUACUCUACUACUGCUUCCUGAUAAUGGUAUCAAAUCACCUGAGCUCCACGCCCCUUUCGAACUUUGUGUACCGCUCCAUGGAAUUUAUACGAUUCGAAUGGUGCUCAAUAGAUCACUUAACGAGUCUCUUCCCUAUUCACCACCUCCUUUCACGUAAAGAUUAAUACUGUUAUGCACUCAGUAUCUUUGGGUAAGUGAAUAAAAGUAUACAAUAAAAGGUAAUUGAAUAGACAUUGUCGGUGGAGAGUGACAACGUUGUGAUGAGUAAUAUGUAAAAAGUAUGCAAGAAAAUUAUCGAGAAUUAUCGAGACAACGCUGACGAAACGAAGUUACAGUAAAGUAUUGUAUUAUAAUAAAUACUGAAAGCUCAAAGUGUAAAUGCAGUGGAAACGCGUGUAGAGUUUGCUGGGAGUGUUUGCACAUUUUCGGGUUUGGGAGUUUAUGACAAAAUGAAAAUUAAGAUGCUGUAUAUGCUCCAAAUAAAUUGAGUGAAAGCGUGUAAUGGCUACGACUGACGUAUCCUACAGUGGUGCAGAGUGUUUCAGGAUUGUAGACAUCAUGAAUUUUAUUCAAUAAGAUGCCAGGUCUAAUUGUGUUUGAAAAACAUUUCAGUCGCUACGUAUAUGUGUACCACUGAAGGACUGAUAUAUUAAGGAAUCAAUUAAUGAAGAAUUAUCUCACAAUUGUACGAUUGAUCUUGUCGUUUAUGAAAUAAUGUGUAUCAUCGAAACCGGUUUUAGUUAGCUAUGUAAGUGUACGUUAUUCCUGUAAUUGUGUGAUUGACCUCAUGAGAUUUGACUCAGAACAGAUUGAUAAACGCCCAAUUCGACAUUCCAACGACAUUGAAUGUAUGUAUGAAAGCAUGUGAAUUGCGAAGUGUGAUGUCAACUUUUUUCUCCGUUUUUAAGGCAAGACAAAUUCUGUAAUUAAUUCAUGACGAUGAAAGAUUCAAGUAAAAUCAAUUCUCGAUACUCAUUACAACUAACACUAUCAGCGAGGGAGAUAGAGAAAAAGAAAAAAAUAACGAGUGCUCCAAAUAGGCAUUCCGAUAAUUUCUGAUACAGUGAUGAGAGUUGAACAUGAUUUUUAUCGUAAAUACGCAGAUGAAAAAAUGGAUCGCCUAAACGAAGUAAAGUUUUACUGAAUCGAUAAAACGAAAAUAAUCGUUCAAAAUGAAGAAACAAUGUAUAAUCAGAAUUGUUAACCGAGAUUUUUGUUGUAACUACAAGUCCAAUUCAGCAUGUACUGAUUUUAUUUGAUCAUAUUGAAGUAUCAUACAUAUAGAUACAUUGACAUGAACUAAUCCAGAAAAGUGAAGGGAUCUCAUGAGCUCUAUUGAUACAUUAAUAAUGUAAAAGUUCCCGAAAGAGGUGAAGAGAAAGGUUGGGAAAAAGAGAUGAAAACGUUGACGUUGUGAGAUAAUAAUAUUUGUAGGUUUUAUCUAGAAAUGAGAGUCACCGUGUUUUACAGGGUAUAAGGUUGGUACAUCGACAUCAUCAAAAAACGUCCGAUUCUCGAUGGAAGUGUGGUAUAUAAUAUCUAUGACCGCGUGUAAAUACCUCUACUAUUUUCUUCGCCUGAUUUUUCAGCUAAGUUUCGUUUGGUCGUUCGCCAAGUGAUAUCAAGAUGGCGUCGCCGUUAGUUAAAGUGCUUUGCUCUUUGCCCCAUCUUGUCUCUUUCUCUCGUACGUAUACAACCAAACCAAAACAUUCAUACACACACAAAACCACUUUCACAUAUUUUUUUCCACUCUUUAAUUUUUUUAUUCAUAUCAGUAACUUGAUUUAACCUCUGAUAUUGAAAAAGACUACAAAUAAAAAGCCUAAAGAAUGAACAAAUACCUACAUCAUCGUUCACGAUUUCAUUGGCAAUUGAGUGGGACAAUACUAACCUUGAGUUCAACGGGCAAACGUAUUCUGAUCUAGUGAUUAUCCAUUUUUUGAAGCUACAUAGAGAAACGAGAAAUUCUUUGAACUAAGUGUAAGGCUGCGCUCAAAUACGGCAUCCUGGCUAGAUUUUUUUGAUGAAAAUGUCAACUCUGAGUCGUAUUAUCUAUUAAGUAUCCAUAUUGAUAUAUCAUUUCGCACGAUGUUACAAGAUAAAAUACAAAGUAUCGUAAAAUCUGAGCACGUUUUAUCUUCGAAUGUGACACCCAGGUUUUGCGCGAUAGGAAUUUCGAGUAUUUUUUUUCGUCGGAAAAGUGAACGAAGUAGGUAAAACGAAAGGAACAAAGAAGAUAGAAGAGAAGAACGGUAAAUCCCGUGUAAAACUUUGCGUGCACAGAGUCGAAUCCGACCACUUAUUCCGGAUGCAGGAGCUCUUCCACUCUCUCAUUCUAUUCUCUCUGUCUGUCUGUCUCUCUCUCUCUUUUUCUUUCUCUCACUCACUCACUCUUAUCAUUCUCCGAAAGGAUUCGUCGUUCCGAUUUCCGCUUCCUCCAUUUUCUUACCCUUUCUUUCUUUUGCCGUUUCACGUGCGAUUUUGGUCUUGAAUCUUCCUGACUAUGUAUAUGUCAAUAGUCACAGAAAAUUGUUCGUCGAAGUUUUCGGAUUGAACUUGCGAUAAGUCCACGAAAGUUGCUGCCGCACUAUCUGUCUUUGGGAUUUAUAAUAUAUAUAUGUAUAUACACAUACAUUCAUAAAGUAUUCGAUCCGCAUAUCCGUAAGUUUCAACUUUCGUUUCGCUCUUUUCAUAUCUUGGUAUCUCUCUAACUUGCAUCAAUUCGAUCGCUUCGCUCUCCUUUAUUUCUCAUUCACAUAUCCAUCGUGAUACAAACCCCCGAUCCGGACAUCGAGCGCUUUCAACAAUUUCAUCAUAUUUUGAAGAUUUUACCACCAUCGCGGCUGUAGCGUUUAUACGGAAGCACAGUACUCCCUGAUUUACUUGAACCAAUUUCUGCUCUAAAAUUGGAAAAUUCUUUUUCAACUACUUAAGCUAAUAGAAGGAGAGAAAUCAAAACCAAAGUCAGGUUGAGAAUUCGAUUCUUAAAAUACCUCGUAACAUCGGAAGCAAUCUAAUGCGAAUAUAAAAUCCGUGACACUGCACGUUCUACCGAACUAAACACGAAUCCCGUAGAAAUGUGGCAACAAAAAACAAGAAAAAGCUCGGUGGUAUUACGGCUUCAGUACGCAAAAACUUAAGUUUGAAGUUUUUCGCGAAAGUCAUAUGCAGAAAUCGUUCUUGAACAGUUUAUAUUUUCAAAUAUUCGCCUAAUACCCAGCGAAUUGGCAAUUUUUCGUUCAAUCGAGCAUUACGAAAUCUGAUGAUAGCUUGUUCCCUUGGUGAAUACACGAAUGUCCUCUGUAAGCUCGAUGUACCAUAGAUCUGAUUUUAUCGAGAUUUCGACUGCCGCAAUCGUCCUAUGAAAUAUGUAUAUAAACAUUGACGCGGUAACAGCUUCUGACGGCUAUUCCAGGCUACACAGCAGUCAUAUCUGUGAAGUCAGCGUAAAAUGAGUUUUCCAACUAUUGACGGUUGGUUACGGGGAAAUUGCAUGAGUGAGCGUCUUGUGAGAUUGGCACACCACUGAAUCGAAGUCAUAUUUAGGCUGGAUGAUUAGUUCCCCAAGAGGUGGUCGAUGGUGGCACGAGAGCGCGCCCUCUUGGGGAGUGAUGAUCCACAAGAGACCACCGUUGCUUUUGCCAUUACUCCAUGGACAGCUUGAGCCCUUCAAGUUAUAUCAUGCAUACCACGAGGGUGACGUUUGUAUAUAACUUUCUAACCUUUUCAGCAAGUUUGGUAAAUCUGUAACCUCAUCUAUUUAUAUGGAUGUACAAAUGUACACAUCUCACUUUCUCAACUUCAAAUAUUUUCAUUCUUGGGAGGUUCAUUUUUUUCCUUAAUGUAACUCCAAUCAAAUGCAAUGUGUAUAGUUUUUCGAUCUCCGCAAGCUGUUUUUAUGUGGCAUGCGAGCCUGGUUCUAUUUAUUCUUUUCAUAAAUUCACAGAACUUUGAUCGAAGGGACUAUCAAAUUAGAAUAUCUUUUACGGAUGGAAGCAGACUGCAAACUCUUCGGAUAAUGGAGGGAGAUUGAUGUUUCGCAUUCGAUUUUCUAUUUUUAGUAUCGAGUGCAGUGCUAUACAGGGCGGGAAAGACUGAUAACGUUGAGACCCUACUUUAAACAUUCAUUGACUUUUGUAUCAACCAUCAACUACCAACCAUCAAAAACGAGAAUUGUAACGUUAUUAUCUAUUUCUUGGAAUAUAUGACGCGUUACAUAACAACGGAUUCACACGUUUCACUCGAUACUACUUCCAGGGUUUAUCAAAGAGGCAAGAGAGAGAGAGAGAGAAAGAGAGAGAGAGCAAAAAUGAUAAAAUACAGGAAGAGAAAACGUCGGUAGUUAGUUUCAUUUGAGCUUUCUUCAUCACUUCUAUAGUUCCAUGGAUUCUUCAGCUGGAGUCUUUCGGGUUUAGAUUGCUACUUUGAGAACUCGUAUUUAAAUGAGAUUGCUAUGUAUGAAAGUACAGUCAACAAAAAAUCAAUCUCUUACAUCAAGAGCACACUGCCGAAGAUUUUGAAUGAAAACCAAAUAAUAUUGUAUAGUUUUAAAAUCGAGUCGAGACAAAUUUUUACGACAAUAAAAUAUUUUUAUAACUUUCUGCCAAAAAGCUGCUGCAUGAGAUUUUUUAAAUAGUUACAUGAAUUUGAAAUGACCUUUUCCGUCACAUGGUAGGGGAAGGAUCCGCCGAAAACCACGUGACUCCCAUCCGUUUCUACAGUUUUUAUGGUAAUUUCGUUGAAAAUAUUCUUUCCGUAGUUGGGUUAGAAUUGGAAUAAAUUAAGAAUAAAACCUUUUUAUCAAGUAUGAACCAGGUUGUAUUAAAACAGAUUUAUAAUUAUAUUUUUUUUCAAAGCGAAGAAUUUGUAAUCUGCUCAUCGAGAAAAUGUUGCAGCUUGUUAAAAUGCAUAACAGCUCGGUCAAGACUGUUCGACGUGAACCCCUUUAACGGAAUAACGCUAAGAAAAUCUCGAAUCACUUUGUAAACUUUUUUCUCCUGUGGUAAGGGCUCACGAUUAAAGCACUUUUCUGAUAAUUUGCAUAUAAUUCGAAUCAUCUACAAUUCCGGACUCGACUUUCGUAGCUCAAACUAGACGGGCUGUUGAACAAGUUUGUAGCAAAAGCAUACGACCAGUUGACUAUCUAUAUAGGUUUAUGUGCACGAACCUAGCAACAAUUUCAACUCUCGAACGCCCGGUCGAGGCUAUAACCCCAUUACUUUCACGCCUGGGAUAACUUCGAUCCGUAAAGUUUGUACGUUGAACUAACCAAGAGGCUCCAGCAUCGAAAUUGUGGUCACGCGAAGUUCUUCGACCACGGUCAAAAGAGUUACACGAUCCUCUUUCUUUCAUUAUCAACUUUGUGAUCGCCUCCUCCCUUAUAAAUACACAUAGCGUAUUCUUCACGCGCGUGGGAUACACAUAAGCGAUUCUGCAUGAGAUUAGGUGAAGAGCUGCGAAGGUUUAUUGAGCUUUUUUCGAUAUUAGGUUCAGAAGUGAAAUUGAAGUUAGAGGAAUUCGAGUCACAGUGUGCCCUACUGAAAGAAAAGAGGUCAACUGGUAAACUGACAAUCGACGAGAAAAGUACUGAGAGUUUCGUCGGAAAAAUCCAGAAUAACCGUUGGUAUGUCUUGGCUUUCACCACUACCUUUCAGGCUCCAAGUCUCAACUAAACUUGAUUAUACUUUUAUUUAUGCAUUUAUAUUCGGUAAUGUGAGCUCUCAUAUCUGCAGUAUAGUUCGGAAGUUCUUGAUUGCUCAAAGUCGUGAAGUCCAUUCUCCACACUUGGAAUGUAAUAGCUUUGAUGUGACUUCAAUGAAAUGUUUUGGCCUGCACAUUCCACCACAGUCUAUUAUUUCCAAGUAUUAUAAAAAAGCCGAAACUUCUUCAAGUUUCAUGGCUUACAGGGUAAGGAGACACUCUGCUCUGAGUUUAUCCACGCGAUUCGCAUGGCCUUGGAAUUUUAAUUUACUAAACUUCUCAUAUUCGGCUUGAUUCCCUGGAUAAUUUCAUAUCGAAUUAUAAGACUUGGUUUGCUUCAUUGCACCGGAUCCAGUUCGUGAUUUUGAAAAUAAUUUCGAGUUUCUCUGAAUGUUUUGGCAAUGACUGAAUGAAUCUAUCAUGUAUUGUGUCGCUCAAUUGUCAUAUGUAUCUCGUGCAAAUAUAAAUGCAAAAGGUAAUAUUAGGAAUAAAUACGAAAACCAAACCCGGAGUGAGUCAGCAAUUCGUAGCAAUACUAGCUCGUAUUUAAUAUGGAUCUUAAAUCUUAUAAUAUAAGUGAAAGUCAAGAAUCGCUCUGAAGAUUGGAAACGAACAGAACAUGAAAUGAAUUCAUCUAUACUCUUUUCACCGAUAUUCUUAAGGGAGAACAGGGAAAAAUACUCCGACAACCUCAUGAAAUGGAACACGGUAAUGUCGGAAAAGAAAAAGUCGAUUCACCAUCGUUGGGCGUAGUUAGUGAAAAAUGACGCAAUGAGACAAUUAAUACAAAACUAUUACAUUCUCAAAGACACAUAUACAGACAUGCGCGAAAUACAUGCACCCCACAUACUCAUGAAUACAUAAACAGACACACUCUAAUAUGUAUUGUAAUAUCAGAGGUAAUAGUGAAUGCAAAUUAAAGGAUAAUGUAAUCAUAAGCAUAAGCCGAGUAUAUUCUUUUUUAAGGAUGUAGAUAUAAAGGGUGAAAUACUAUAUUGUAUCACGCAAGUAAAUGAAAUACAUUGUUAGAAGAUUGAAAA